AUUGUAAAUGAGAAUCAAGUGCUCCACCUUGCGGUUAAUAGCCGUAACACAUGCCGGCUGAUAGUUUCCGGUAGUAUGGCGACUGUAUCCCUCAAUGAACACACAGCCUCUUGUUUCUGCAGGGAGGUGCUGAGAGUCGGUGUGGUUCCUUCCAUGUGGCUUGAGGGACUAUGCUUCUGCUGGUAGCUCUUUGCCUUGUCUGUACUUAUAAAACCAUCUCGGCCACAGAUGGUGGCCAGGACACCAGCCGCAAACCACAGUUCGACUACAACAGCCUAGCCCUGCCACAGCAGCAUAUCCCAUUCUUUCUGUACAACAACAAAUUUGUGGCUAAGCUGUGCAAAGAGGACCCACUUUGCCCUUUUAAAGAUGCUUUGUCGCACAGGAAGGCCUGCUGGGGUUAUGAAAAAAACUGUUCCCCCGAACACCGCUUCAGUUAUCCUGUGUGUACCAGCCUUGAUUCAGGAUGGGCGAGCUCUAUUGAGUCUGCACAGGAAGUAUUCUGGAAACAGGGGGAUUUUGGCUAUGUGAGGGAGCGUCUCUAUGAGAUGAAGACAUUGUGCAAACCACUGAGUCCUGGAGAUUCUUCUCUAAAAUGCUCAAGUCAUAUGCGGUUCUGCAGGGCAACAAACUUGUACCUUGAUCUGCGGAGUCCACGGCGAGGUCAUGAAAGGUAUAAAGAGGAUUUCCUGGAAACGGGCGAGAUUGGUGGUCACUGCAGCCUUAAUAGUGAAGCAUUAGCUUUGGAAGGGAAGCACAAAAGUCCUCUUCAGUCCUGGUUUGCAGAAUUGCAGACAUACACAGAGCUGAACUUCCUCCCCUUAGAUGAUGGGCACUGUGAUGUCAUCAUCGAUAGACCAACCGUCUUUAUGAAGUUGGAUGCAGGAGUAAACAUGUACCAUCACUUCUGUGACUUUGUUAACCUCUACAUCUCCCAGCACAUCAACAAUUCAUUCAGUCGCGACAUAAACAUCGUCAUGUGGGACACUAGUGUGUAUGGAUAUGGUGACCUGUUCAGUGAAACCUGGCGGGCUUUCUCCGAUUAUGACAUCAUUCAUCUCAAAAACUUUGACUCCAAAAGGGUGUGUUUCAAAGAUGCGUUUUUCUCUCUUCUUCCAAGAAUGCGUUAUGGUCUUUUCUACAACACCCCUCUCAUAUCUGACUGUCACAGUGAGGGAAUGUUUCGGGCGUUUUCCCAACAUGUGCUUCACCGACUCGGUGUCCCACAGGAGGGACCAAAGGAGGGCCAAGUCCGUGUCACCCUUUUGGCAAGGAGCACUGAGUAUCGUAGGAUAAUAAACCAGGAUGAAAUCAUAAAGGCUCUGAAGACUGUGCCUUUUUUUGAGGUCAGAGUUGUGGAUUACAAAUACAAAGAAAUGCCGUUCCUGGAGCAGAUCCACAUCACCCACAACUCUGAUGUCUUCAUCGGGAUGCAUGGAGCUGGAUUGACUCACCUUCUCUUCCUUCCCGACUGGGCGGUCAUAUUUGAAUUGUCAGGGGUCACCAAUCCUGCUCCUGGAGGGCCUGUGUCUCUGCAGAGUUUAGCUCCAACCCUAAUCAAACACACCUGAAGCGAGACUGAGCUCUCUGCAAAACAAAAAGAGGCGUUUUCGCAAUUUUGGGGCGUUUUCAAACUGAAAUGGGUGUUUUUCCACCUCUUUGUCUGAUUGGCUCAAAUUAAGUAAGCGAUUCCCAAAUGCAUUUUUGAGAAGGAAGUCUCUGCGGAACCAAAAAGGGGCGUUUCCCAAAUUUCCCUAAUUUUCAAACUGAAAUGGGUGUUUUUCCACCUCUUUGUCUGAUUGGCUCAUAUUAAGUGAGCGAUUCCCAAAUGCAUUUUUGAGAAGGAGGUCUCUGCAGAAACCAAAAAGGGGCGUUUCCCAAUUUUGGGGCGUUUUCAAACUGAAAUAGGUGUUUUUCCACCUCUUUGUCUGAUUGGCUCAAAUUAAGUGGGCGAUUCCCAAAUGCAUUUUUGAGAAGGAGGUCUCUGCGGAACCAAAAAGGGGCUUUUCCCAAUUUUGGGGCGUUUUCAAACUGAAAUGGGUGUUUUUCCACCUCUUUGUCUGAUUGGCUCAAAUUAAGUGAGCGAUUCCCAAAUGCAUUUUUGAGAAGGAAGUCUCUGCGGAACCAAAAAGGGGCGUUUCCCAAUUUUGGGGCGUUUUCAAACUGAAAUAGGUGUUUUUCCACCUCUUUCUUUGUCUGAUUGGCUCAAAUUAAGUGGGCGAUUCCCAAAUGCAUUUUUGAGAAGGAAGUCUCUGCGGAACCAAAAAGGGGCGUUUCCCAAUUUUGGGGCGUUUUCAAACUGAAAUAGGUGUUUUUCCACCUCUUUGUCUGAUUGGCUCAAAUUAAGUGGGCGAUUCCCAAAUGCAUUUUUGAGAAGGAAGUCUCUGCGGAACCAAAAAGGGGCGUUUCCCAAAUUUCCCUAAUUUUCAAACUGAAAUGGGUGUUUUUCCACCUCUUUGUCUUAUUGGCUCAUAUUAAGUUAGCGAUUCCCAAAUGCAUUUUUGAGAAGGAGGUCUCUGCAGAAACCACUAGGGGCGUUUCCCAAUUUUGGGGCGUUUUCAAACUGAAAUAGGUGUUUUUCCACCUCUUUGUCUGAUUUGCUCAAAUUAAGUGGGCGAUUCCCAAAUGCAUUUUUGAGAAGGAGGUCACUGCGGAACCAAAAAGGGGCGUUUCCCAAUUUUGGGGCGUUUUCAAACUGAAAUGGGUGUUUUUCCACCUCUUUGUCUGAUUGGCUUUUUCAAAAAAGUAGUUUAAUUUUGCAGUUAGAUUAAUGUGCACAACACUUUGCUUAAUAAUAAUAACAAUAAUGUUUUUUUUUAUAAUAAAUUUUCUAGCAUUUUUAUAAAUAUCUGGUGACAGAAAUGGCACCAAUUUGGUGAAAUGUCAAUUUUUUUCUAAAAUCAUACUUUAAUAAUGAUUGUUGAAAAGAUAAAAAGUAUGAUAAAUUUAUGCAAAAUUACAGUGCAUUAAAACUAUACUUGUUUAAUGAGUUUGUUUGUUAAUAACCUUGGUGUUGCUAGCGCCAUCUUAAACCAGAAAAGCUACAUGCCAUUUGUAUGCAACUUGCGCAAAAAUCUUUUUUUCUUUGUUUCUCUUCUAAUAGAUUAAAAUGUCACAAUUCACAUUACCCUCUUCAUUGUGCAUUAAAACAUUUUCCCCAGUGUGUGUCUGUUCUUCUGGUUUUGAGAAGGCUUGUGAUGCUAUACAUCUACCCAGCACAUUAAUCAACUCCAACACUUAUGUGGGUGAAAUCAGCCUUCUGUGCAGUACAAUAUACUGUCUAAUGUACUGAGUGUGUGUAUUACAGAGGAG